AUGGAAGCUGAAGGUGCUGGGCGUAUUUUUGAAAGAUCUACAGAACCUGGUUUUCGUUACAAACACCUUGUUUGUGAUGGUGAUGCUUCAGCCUAUGAAAUGGUAAAAAAUACGUACAUACAACAGCAGGAUGAAGAUAAAGAGAACACCAAUGAUCAGCCAACAUCGGAAAAAUUUUUGGUACAAAAAGAAGACUGCAUUAAUCAUGUUAUAAAGAGAGUAGUGAGCCGUCUUACAUCUCAACGAGCCAAAAUGAAUGUUUUAGUUGAAGAUUUGUCAAAAAAAAGGGGAGAAGCUGGUCAUCAGGGAUGCCAACUAAAAAAGAAAUAA